GUAUUAUUUUUCCUCAAAAUGUUGUGUUAUAUCAUGUGCAAUUCCAACUGAAGGCAAGAAAAUACAGGUGCCUGUUGGAUGUGAAGCUGAGUGUUGAACAUUCUUCCCCUGGAAGGGAGGGGGUGCAGAGGAACGUGCAGGAUUCGGCUCCAGAUGACGCUCCAUGGGCGGUGCCUCUGGCCAGCGAGCUCCCCGGCUUGUGAGAGCCUUGGAUCAGAUGGCCGGGUGCGUGUCCCGCGUGGAACUGUCCGUGUCCUGCCGGAGCCUCCUGGACAGGGACCUGGGCUCCCGCUCCGACCCGCUCUGUGUGCUGCUGCAGGACGCGGGGGGCGGGCAGUGGGCUGAGCUAGAUCGCACGGAGAGGAUCAAGAACUGCCAGGACCCUGAAUUCUGCAAGAAACUGGUUGUGGAUUACUACUUUGAGAAAGUGCAGAAGCUGAAAUUCGGCGUGUAUGAUAUCGAUAACAAGUCCCUUGACUUAAGUGAUGAUGACUACCUUGGAGGGAUCGAGUGCACGCUGGGACAGGUGGUGUCCAGCUCGGUGUUCACCCGACCACUGGAACUGAAGCAGGGAAAGCCAGCAGGAAAGGGCACCAUUACAAUUUCAGCAGAGGAGAUCAAAGAUACCAGAGUUGUGUGCUUGGAAAUUGAAGCCCAAAACUUGGACAAAAAGGAUUUCUUAGGUAAAUCGGAUCCGUUUUUGGAGUUUUACAAGCAGAGCAAUGCUGGAACGUGGCAGCUGGUGUACAGAUCGGAGGUGAUUAAGAACAACUUAAAUCCGUGCUGGAGGAAGUUCAGUGUUCCCUUGCAGACAUUCUGUGGUGGAGAUUUUAAUAAACCUAUCAAGGUACAGUGUGCAGAUCACGACAGUGACGGGUCGCAUGACUUGAUAGGCGCUUUUGAAACCAACCUGACUCAGCUGCAGAACGCGGGUGACAGCUCUCCGGUGGAAUUUGAAUGCAUUCAUCCUGAGAAAAAGCAGAAGAAAAAGAGCUACAAAAACUCUGGCAUUAUCAGGAUAAAAUCCUGCAAGAUCGAGACAGAGUAUUCAUUUCUGGACUACGUCAUGGGAGGCUGCCAGAUUAACUUUACGGUGGGGGUAGACUUCACUGGCUCCAACGGAGAUCCCAGGUCACCAGAUUCUCUUCACUACAUCAGCCCCGAUGGGAUAAAUGAGUACCUGAUUGCCAUCUGGAGUGUGGGAAGUGUAGUCCAGGAUUAUGACACGGACAAGCUGUUUCCUGCAUUCGGCUUUGGAGCUCAGGUUCCUCCUAACUGGCAGGUAUCUCAUGAGUUUGCUUUGAACUUCAACCCCAGCAACCCUUACUGUCAAGGGAUCCAAGGCAUAGUGGACGCCUAUCGCCAGAUCCUUCCACAGAUCCGACUCUAUGGGCCAACCAAUUUCUCCCCGAUUAUAAACCACGUGGCAAGGUUUGCAGCGCACUCAGCACAGCAGGGAACUGCUUCACAAUAUUUUAUCUUGCUGAUCAUCACCGAUGGAGAGAUCACUGACCUGGACCAAACCAGGCAAGCGAUUGUUAACGCCUCUAAGCUGCCCAUGUCCAUCAUCAUUGUUGGAGUCGGUGAAGCUGAUUUCAAAGCGAUGGAGUUCCUGGACGGAGACAACGGUGUGCUGAGGUCCCCGGCAGGAGAGCCAGCUGCACGAGACAUUGUCCAAUUCGUGCCUUUCCGACAGUUCAAAAAUGCUCCUCGGGAAGCUCUUUCCCAGAUGGUUCUGGCUGAAGUGCCCAAGCAGCUGGUGUCAUACUACAAGUGGCAGGGAUGGGCACCAGUGAAACCGCCAGAAAUAAAGAAGUUGUAGACUGCAGCCUGCCCCGACCACCUGUAUCGCUGGGGUGAAGGGAGCUAGCUGCACCCACACUCUCCUUGCACUCUUGGGGUGCUCAGCGCCUCAAGAUUGUACCAGUCACACUAACUCACUUACCUGCUUGUGCUCUGUAUCUCUGAUCUUUCGUGUUUCCUAUUGGAAGAACUGUAAAUACAGAAAAAACACAACCGCUGGCAGCUUUUGUCACAGAAAACCUUGUUGGGUUUCCACCGUGCGCUGUUGACACAUCACACCACGCGUCACUGCUUGACACAGCCCGGCCGUGCUGGGUGUCGGGGUGAGCACGAGCACCGAGCUGCUCCCGCCGCGCUGCUGCAGCCUGAGUUUGGUAGAAGCAGCACUGCAGUCCUGUUUCUGUAAUUAGACUUAUCAUGUCUUCCUCCAUAGGUGUUUCUCCUUCUAUCCAGCUGCCUUGGAAAUGGGGACCCCUCUGUACUGGUUGGUACCAAAGUCUGUUGCUUGGAUGCCUGAGGUAGUUCCUGUUGUGCCUUCAUGAAGUGCCAGUAUAUUUUUAUACGUAGAGGUUUAUUUUUAAAUUUCAGUGACCAUUCUGUGCGAUCUUUUUUUUUAAUCACAUUAUCAAAAAUUGCUUCUGUGAUGGCCUUUUGCUUGGAGCCACUGUUACAGUUUAAGAACACUGCACUUUGCUCAUUAUUGGUGUGAUUAACGAGGAUUAGCCAUUAAUUAAUCAGGGGGGUGGGAUUAAUGAGUCACAUUAAUGUGACUUUAAAAAUCCAGCAACUGGAAACACUGAAAAAAAGAUGCUCUGAGUGAUUUCUUUGCAUCGCAGAAGUUACAAACUGAAGAAGUAACUGUCUGUGGAGCUCCGUGUCCUCGGAAGUGUGAGGUGUGUGUUACCUGGCCUGAGGACUGUGGAACGUAAGAGCAAAGCACGAAUCGUUUUGAGAGACAGGAGUUGAUGGUUCACUUCAAAAUAGAGAUUAAGAAACUUGGGUGUGUCAUUGCACUACAAGUGGUCAUCGCUUUCAGUUUCAUAAAUAAAUAAUCUGCUUUUA